UGACAUUGUUCGCAGUGCAUUCUGAGUGCACAUUACACUUGUGCUUCUUUCACAAGAAACAUCUGGGGACUUAACAAUGUUAAAGCAAUUUCUCUGCAACUGCAAUCUCGAGCCGGAAGAGCGGGAUCAUGCGUCGGGAGAGGAGAUACGGCCAGAGACGAGGGCGAGGGCCUACUCCUCGGGGCCCUCGAGAAACAAGGGAAGUGCAGCUGUCGAGGGUAAGAGGCCCAAGAGCUGGUCGAGGGGGAGUGACAGCCUUACAGACAUUGAGGAAAAGGACGAAAGUAAAGAGAAAAAUCCAAGGAAGGGGUAUAAUUUGUCAGGAUAUCUGUACAAGCAUCCUAGUUCAAGCAAGAGGCAUGUCCCAGGACUGAGGGGCCUGACAGGGUCUUCCAUCAAGAAGCGUUGGUUUGUUUAUUCGGAUCAUGUGUGUAAAUUGUACUAUUAUAAGCAGAAGAAUGAUUCUGAACCCAUCGGCACAAUUGAUAUCGCUCUGGCAACUUUCUUCUUUGAUCCAGAGUCGAAAAAUGAAGGGCUCUUCACAAUCAGAUGUGCAAAUGAUGAAUGGGUAUUAGAAGCAUCUUCAGCUCAGGGAAGAAUGUAUUGGAUCCAGCAGUUGCAAGCUGCAAGAAGAGAAUUUAGCCAAAGACGCACAACAGCUGCUACUUGCCGUUCGCCUAAUGCUAGUCAACCAGAAAUGGGCUUGCUCCACGACAACCAACUGAAGAGCCCGGAUCCUCCUCCAGACCCUCACUCAGACCUAAUGAAGCCCGUGUCCAAACCCAACGACACGGAGAAGGGCAGUCUGCCCCCCAAGCACCCGUCAGCCCUCUUGGAUGCACGGCUUGCGCUCUCCAAUUUCCUGCCAAAUACUCAGAAAAAGAUAUUUAGGACAAACAGUGAAUCCCCCAAGUCCCCAACAAGUCCUCUGGCCGUGCGUCACAGUCCAGUAAGUUCUCCCUCGGAAGACCUGAGCUUUGGUAACUUAGGAAAGAGGCUGCGGAGUUCAAUAAAAGCUCGGCGCUCGACAUCUUUUGAGGGCAAAGAGGGGAAUGAUAUUGCUAAUCUUCAUAAUGCCAGAGUUGUAUGUAGGAAAUGCGAAGAGCUUCAGGGAAAAUUGAAUUCAGCAAAAGAAGACUUAGUUGCAACACAAGAUGAGUACCAAGCAUCACGUGAAGUUAUUGAUCUCCUGCAGAAAGAACUUGAUGCAAUACAACAGGAGAAAGCAACUCUCAUUACUUUAGACAGGAGUGACUUGACAGACACCCAUGUCCUAGAGAUUCUUCGUGACAAGGACCACCACAUCGUCAACCUGGAACACGAGAAUCAAAAGCUCACCAAUGAUAUUGCCAAGCUCAAUGAACAGCUCUCCGAUGGUCAGUCUCAUAAUGAGCAUCUCAGUGAAAAGUUGUCUAUGUUGUACUGUCUCAUAGAGGCAAAGGACAAAGCCAUAGUGAACCUGACUCAUCAAGUGGAUGAAAAUACCUCAAAUGUCCGUCCAGUGUCACUCCCUCCAAGUUUAACUUUUACCAACCAUGAGACAACCACAAGGGGCACACAGACAUCUUCACAGCAAGAGGAUGCACUCAAAGAUGCACUUGAAGCCUAUCGAUGCCAGAACACUUUCUUAAACAAGGAGAUUCUCGAACUCAACCUUCUGAGGAAACACUGUUCAGAGAGAGAGCAGAAGCUGAUCACUGAAUCUAGUGAAUGGGAAGCCAAAUUCUACCAGAUUCAGAGCAAGUACCUUCUGCUGCUAAAUGAACUUCACUCGCCCCAAACCAGCCAGCAUGACCCAUCCAUUGUUUCCCAGCUGUUGCAAGAUGUAGUCGAAGCACAUGGUUCCCCUGACCUUAGAGUGAUACACAACAAAGGGCGGGAGUAUGACGAGUAUGGAUUCUGCAUCACAGCCCCGGGCGAGGGAAGCUUGCAGUCAAGAGCGAACUAUCUCCAAAAGCAAUCUCAGGCCUUAGCCAACCAAGUUCAGCAAAAUGGGAGCUCUUGGGAAGAGAGAUGGGAAAGUUUCUUGGCAGGGACGAGUGCAAAGGAGCUGCCAUCGUGUACAGAUCUCAAGUUCCUUAUAAGGGGAGGUAUUCCCUAUCAGUAUAAGGGGAAGGUAUGGCGCUUGCUGAUUGACUGCCAUGUCUCACGUCUAAAAGCUGCUGUCCCAUCCAACUAUUACCAAGAUCUGCUUGCAAGAAGAACCGUGACUGCAACGCUUGAUCCAGCAGCCAAGCAGAUCGAAUUGGACUUGCUUCGCACAUUGCCAAAUAACCGUCACUAUGAGACUUACCACUCAGACGGUAUAGCCAGACUGAGGCGAGUCUUAUUAGCUUUCUCAAGACAUAAUCCUCAAGUUGGUUAUUGCCAGGGUCUGAAUCGUCUUGCUGCCAUAGCUUUAUUGUUCCUGAAUGAAGAAGAUGCAUUUUGGUGCCUGAUCUACAUUGUUGAUUUUCUUAUGCCACCUGACUAUUACAACAGGAAUCUUUUGGGUUCCUUAGUUGAUCAGAGAGUUUUAAAGGACCUUGUUGCAGAGAAGUUGCCUCGUCUUCAUGCCCACUUGGAGCAGCAUGGAUUAGACAUCUCUCUCUUCACCUUUAAUUGGUUCUUGUGUGUUUACAUUGACACCAUUCCUCCCAUAACCUACCUCACAAUAUGGGACUCUUUCCUCUACGAAGGUUCAAAGGUUCUGUUCCGUUAUGCAUUAGCCAUAUUCAAGCUAUGUGAAGAUGGAGUUAUGGAGAGAUGCGACUACAUGGAGAUAUUUUCCUACCUGCGUUCUGUCCCAGAGCCCAUCACAGACAUCCCCAGACUACAGGAGGUAAGUACAGUACUCCUGAACUGAUCUUUGGUAAUAUUGCAGGGUAUAUAUUGUACUUUUUAUGUCUAUUCAUCCUUUCCUCUUUCUAUGUGGAUAUUCAGAUUUUUGGAAUGGGGUCUGGUCCUUAUGGGGUGUACUUCUGUGUCUAGUUGGUGAUUACAGAAGCUGCAACUAAAUGCCUUAGAUUAGAUAAAAUGAAUUGAUAUAUUACAGCGAAUGUGGGAUAUUUAACUAA